AUGCAUUUCAACAUUGCCUAUUUGAUGUUUGGUGUUACUUCUGCUGCAUAUGCAGCCCCUGUAACGAACGACGUGUCGUUAAAUCCUAUUUCCAGACCUGCGUCGGUUGUAACCCGUGCCCCUGGGUUCUAUGCCAAGCAACACGCUCAGUACAUAUAUACAGCGAACAGCAAGAAUAGAAAAGACGGCCAAGAGCCGGCCAACCCAAAAAUCAAUGCGGCAGUCGAAAAAGCACUCGAAGGCUUUGGAGUCACGUUUGAACUCGAAGCACUCAAUGAUUUUGCAGGCCUGAAAACGAUGGAUCAAGAAAUUCCAUUUGAAGUCAUAUCCGAUGUCGAUUCAUCUACAACGGGUCUUCGUUGCCCUGCAAAGGGACGUGCCUCAUUCAUUCUCCCCAUACCUCAAAUGCCAUUUCAAACUGUGGGCCUACUCCCAACAAGUUCCAGAUCGUCCAAGAGACGGAUCAAGAAGAAAGGUCUUGGAUGGGGAAUCGAUGACAUCGCUUCGUCUGUGCUCCCGGCCUCAUCCCCCUACAAGCAUACAAGAAGCCAGGAAUGUUCAUCUUCCACCAUCUGCACCACCACACCGAAACCAGUCAAAACGCGUCCUAGAUCGUCCACAACUGUUGGAUCCAUGAUUAGUAGACCAUUGUUCAUGGACAAAUCGAAUGACACGAAUAAAGAAUCAAAACUCGACGCGAUUGACGCGCUUCAGUGCGAUCUUCCGAUGCUCACAACUCUUCGAACUAAGUCGGCUUAUUACGAUGACCUACAUACCCUCAGCGCUUAUGGAGAGCUUCCGAUUCCACUAUGCCAUCUUCCGUCAUUUUCCCCUGCUCCCGCUCCCCAUACGACAGAUGUACAAAACCCCAGCAACAAAGCGUGUGUUUCGAUCGAUUCGGCGAGAAGCCCAACUUCACCUACAGGUCGGUUGUUCGACGUCGCAAAACCUCCGGCGAUGGCGAAGAGGAGGAGGUACACGAUCGCCACGUCGAAACCUUCAACGGCGAAGGAAAAGGAGAAUCCUCAAGGAACUAGGCCUUCUCUUGGCUCGGAUGGACCGGAAGAGAUGAAAGAAGAAAGAUUGUCAUCAGUUUUAGUAAAGAACGAUGACGAGAGUGCCACCUCGUCAACGACCUGGGCAACACAAGUUCCUCGACCGUCGCCCAUUCGUACUUGCUCAAUUUCCUGUGUACCCCUCGCCUCUUGCUCCCCUGCUGUAGAGCCUGUCAAAAAUCAGGUUCGCGCCUCCGAUCCGGUCCAAUUAACUCCUGCUUCCUUAAAGUCCCCUGCACCUCCCUCUCCAAUUACCCCUCUCCCUGCUAGACGAAUGAACGUCAACGUUCGUUAUAUCAAGCACUAUCCAUACAUGAUCACCGAGCCUGCUAAUUCUCCCCGGAUCGAAGGCGAGAUUGAGGAAGAGGGUGUGUUAAGUCGGAUGAAGUAUCAUCUCGUUAGAUUGUAA